GAUACUGCUUGCAAUUGGUAGACCGCUCAAGAGGGGAAAAGUCUGUCAAUGUAAGAUACUAUAACGGCCUCAGCUGCAGUGUGUAGGCAUCGAAGCAAUCCUGGAGUCUUCAUGGAACGUCGCCUCUGGGAAGGACGGUGCGGACCGGAACUCGGUAAUUUUGAACAUCCCGGCCCGUCUGCCUCAUAGCUUCCCCGCACCUCAAGGUUCUCAUCUGGUUCACAAUGUCGUUCCUCGCAUUCUCCCGCUCGACGCUCCGUCCAAUCAACAGCAGCACACGUUUAUUCUCCACCAGCUUGCACGCCCAGCGCGAAUAUGCCAAUGUCCUUGUCUCACGACCCAGCCCAGGCGUGGCGCUCAUCACUCUGAACAGACCCAAGGCACUCAAUGCUUUGAAUGCAGCACACUUUCAAGAUAUAUCUGAUGCAAUGAAAGAGGCUGAUGAAGAUGCCAGUGUGGGCGCUAUGAUUCUCACUGGGUCAGAACGAGCGUUUGCGGCUGGUGCGGACAUCAAAGAGAUGAAGGACAAGUCUUUUGCGGAAGCCUACACCACCAACUUCCUCGCGAACUGGGAGGUUAUCCCUAAGCUUAAAAAGCCAGUUAUUGCAGCUGUCAGCGGUUACGCCCUCGGUGGUGGCUUGGAGCUCGCAUUGCAGGCUGACAUUCUCCUCGCAGCACCUUCAGCACAACUUGGCCAGCCAGAAGUCAACCUUGGCGUCAUCCCUGGCGGCGGGGGGACUCAACGUCUUGCACGUCUCAUUGGUAAAUCGCGUGCCAUGGAACUCGUCCUUACAGGACGUAUAAUCUGUGCGGAUGAAGCAGAACGCUGGGGCAUCGCACGAGUUGUACGAGAGGGCAACGUCGUUGAUGAGGCCGUGAAGGUGGCGAGUGAUAUUGCAAGCAAGGGACACAUCGCAGUGAGUGCGGGCAAGGAGGCCGUGAAUGCGGCAUUCGAAAUGAGCCUCGCUGAGGGGCUGAGGUUCGAGAAGCGGCUGUUCCAUGCCUUGUUUGCAACCAAGGAUCAGAAGGAGGGUAUGGUUGCAUUUGCUGAGAAACGCAGGGCAGAGUGGACGCACUCAUAA